CGAUAUUAAUGCGUUCCACAAUUUGCAUUACUCGACAAUUUUUGGGUAGCAGUGAAUUUUCAGCAUUUUUUAGACGUGAAUUUUGUUAUAAAUUAAGGAAGAAAAAGGAAAAUGACUAAUAGCGCGGAAACUGCAGGACAGGAUGUUGAAAUGGAGGUUGAGCCCUCUGGGGAAAAUUCUGGAGAUAUGAAGAAAGAUCAAGGCGUCUCAACUAUCAUAGAAGUGCGUGAGCAAAUACGCCAAAUCGAAAGAGCCGUAGCUUCAAAAGAAUCUCGGUUCAUUUUGAGAGUCCUUCGGUCUCUCCCAAACACACGUCGAAAACUUAGUGCUGUUAUUUUCCGUAACCUUAUUCAAUCUAUAUAUCCAGCCGGUGCUGAACGUGAAGCUACUCUUAGUCUGAUACCAAAUACCCCAGUAGGGGUUAUAGAAACUGAGGUCCCACGAAGCCGGUCCGCUUCAAAGCUUCCAAUUGCUGAGGUAGAUGCAUAUUUUUAUUUGCUGUUGCUAGUGAAAUUAAUCGAUGAGGGAGAUAUUAAGCGUGCAGUUAUCUGUUCUGAGUCCCUUAUGAAAAAAAUUGCAGCGCAAAAUCGUCGCACAUUAGAUUUGAUCGGAGCAAAAUCAUAUUUUUACUAUUCUCGUGUAAAUGAACUUAAUAAUUGCCUUGAAACUAUAAGAGGAUUUCUACAUGCUCGCCUACGUACAGCUACUCUGAGAAAUGACUUCGAAGGACAAGCCGUUCUUAUCAAUUGCUUGCUUCGAAAUUACUUACACUAUUCACUUUACGAUCAAGCUGAUAAGCUGGUAAAGAAAUCGGUAUUCCCGGUUUCUGCAAGUAACAACGAGUGGGCAAGAUUUUUGUAUUAUUUGGGACGCAUAAAAGCAGCAAAGUUGGAAUACAGCGAUGCACAUAAACAUUUGGUACAGGCGUUACGAAAAGCUCCGCAAAAUGCAGCCGUUGGAUUUAGACAAACCGUACAAAAAUUAAUUAUAGUUGUUGAGUUGCUAUUAGGAAAUAUACCUGAGCGACAAAUUUUUAGACAAGCGGCGCUCCGAAAGUCACUUGCUCCAUAUUUCCAACUUACUCAAGCUGUGCGUUUGGGUAAUCUAAAGAGAUUUGGAGAAGUAGUAGAGAACUAUGGACCGAAAUUUCAGCAAGAUCACACGUACACUCUUAUAAUUCGUCUUAGACAUAAUGUUAUAAAAACAGCGAUACGUUCUAUCGGACUUUCCUAUUCCCGUAUAUCUCCAAAUGAUAUUGCGAAACGUCUAAUGUUAGAUUCAGCUGAAGACGCAGAAUUUAUUGUAUCUAAAGCCAUACGGGAUGGAGUUAUUGAAGCUACGCUUGAUCCCGAACAUAAUUAUAUGCGGAGCAAAGAAAGUACUGAUAUAUACAGCACACGCGAACCUCAAUUGGCAUUUCAUGAACGUAUUACAUUUUGUCUUGAUUUGCACAAUCAAAGUGUAAAAGCGAUGCGUUAUCCUCCAAAAUCCUAUGGUAAGGAUCUUGAAAGUGCUGAAGAGCGUCGGGAGCGUGAACAGCAAGAUUUAGAAUUGGCUAAAGAAAUGGCCGAGGAUGACGAAGAUGGGUUUUAAAUGUUUUUUGAACGAUAUUAAAAAGUUAACCAUCAGAGUUAUUUAAUACAAACAUAAAUACAUAUAACUUUAAUAAAAAUCGUAUUUCAAUAAAAGUUUUUAUGUAAGAAGUCUAUUAAAAAAUUUUGUUUACUACUUUCUAUAUA